AUGCAAUGGGGUGGAAUAGACUCUUCUGAUAAAUGUGAUUGGUUUAUGAAUGUGGUGAUAGAUCAUUUUCUAAAAAAUAAUGGUAAAGAACCAUAUGUAGAAGAUUUGGAAUCUAUUUUGGAUCAAAUAAUGUUAAGAUUAAAACAUUCCACUAAAAAUGUAAGUAAUAGUGUAAGAGGGAUUAGUAAUGGAAAUAAAGAAGAUAAUUCUAGUAUAGAUCAUGUUAUAGACAAACCUACCAAAACAAGAAAUGAACCAAUUAUUGAUGAAGAAGGAUUUCAAUUAGUGACAAGACGAAAAAGAUGA